CAAAGUUGAGAUGACUUGGAUGGGAAACGAAUCACAAUAGUGUGCAUUGCACUGGCAAUGCACACUGAUUAUUAUCGCACAAUUAUUGAGAAAGGAGCAGGUUUAUACAAGGCUUUUCUUCUUCCUGCUUCCUUUUCAUCCAUGCAUAGUGUUACAAGAAAAAACAUGUUUUGUAUGUUAAUGAUGAAAUUGUUGAAUUGAGUUAUUAAUUUUUUGAUAAUUAAUCGUUCCAUUUCAAAUCUACCAUGCCAGUAUUGAAAAUCACCUCUCACUAUCAAAUUUGCUAAAAAAAAAAUAUAGAGAGCUCCCAUACAAGAUGAAAUAUUUUUGUCUUCAGCAAAUAAAGUUUAAAGCUCAACAUAAUGUGUGUAACUUCUUUUAAACUAGCUCACAAAAAAAGUGGGCAUUUCAAUGUUUUUGCAUUUCAGUGCUACACAACAGCUAUCUUCCACAGUGCACUUGUUGAAACUGUAAAUUCCUACACACUGACUCAAACUCAAACGCCACACAGGCUCAUGAAUGGCCUCCCUGCUCUCUGUCCCCCCCGCCCCUCACUCAGAUGGUACAGCCUAGUCCAGGACGGAGCAUCAUGGCGAUAGACGGUGAGUUCUCAGGCGGGGGGAGAAACUGCGGUGCUCACGAGCUCAUCUGCGUCAGACGAGUCUCUCCUGAACUCUUAGGUGUUCUGUCCUCCAUUGCAGCCCUCAUGGCGUUGAUGGCUCUGGUUUUUCUUUACCUCAGCAACAAACUGUCUGCGCAGAGUCCCGACAGUCUGCCGCAUCUCACCGGCUUUACGGACAACCAGCGAGGUACUGG